UAUUACCCCUCCCUUUUCACACUUCCAUCUUUUAAUAUUCUCCACUCUCUUUCACACACUCAUUCAGCUACACAGCAAAUCUAUCUAUGGCACUCCCGGCGACUUCCAUACAUAAGUUUUUCACUCUAUUCACCUUCCUACUGCACCUUUCUAGCUUUACUAGUUCGCAAUCGUUUAUAGGUGUGAACUAUGGUUUGGUUGCCGACAAUCUGCCGGCGCCGGAGGCUACGGCGAAGUUGCUACAGUCGACGGCGAUAGAGAAAGUGAGGAUGUACGGUGCGGAUCCGGGGAUGAUCCGUGCGUUAGCGAAUACGGGGAUCGGGAUCGUGAUCGGAGCAGCGAAUGGGGAUAUACCGGCAUUGGCGUCGGACCCGAAUUUCGCGACUCAGUGGGUUAACUCGAACGUGUUGGCUUAUCCGGAUAGUAAUAUUAUUGUGAUUACUGUUGGGAAUGAAGUUAUGACUGCUGUUGACCAAAGUCUUGUGCCGCUUUGUUUGCCUGCCAUGCAAAAUGUCCAAAACGCCCUUAAUGCAGCAUCAUUAGGUGGAAAAAUCAAGGUGUCAACGGUGCAUUCGAUGGCAGUGCUGGGAAGCUCAGAUCCACCAUCUUCGGCUGUGUUUAAUUCCGGGUUCAGCGACACAAUGAGAUCGUUGUUGAAGUUCCACAGUGCAAACGGGUCGCCAUUCAUGAUCAACCCCUACCCAUUUUUCGCUUUCCAGAGUGACACACGGCCUGAAACGUUGGCGUUUUGUCUCUUCCAACCCAACGCAGGCCGAGUCGACUCAGGCAACGGUAUCAAGUACAUGAACAUGUUCGAUGCACAGGUGGAUGCUGUAAGAUCUGCUCUAAAUGCAAUGGGGUUCAAAGACGUUGAAAUAGUGGUUGCGGAAACAGGAUGGGCUUACAAAGGUGACCCGAAUGAGGCGGGACCCAGCAUCGAGAACGCUAAAGCCUACAACGGUAAUUUGAUCAACCAUCUAAGAUCAAAGGUAGGAACACCAUUGAUGCCUGGAAAAUCCGUCGAUACCUAUAUAUUUGCACUCUAUGACGAGAAUUUGAAGCCUGGGCCGGGCUCUGAGAGAUCAUUCGGGCUUUUUAAACCUGACCUAUCCAUGACUUAUGACGUGGGUCUUUCCAAAAAUAGCCAGACUCCCACAACACCGACACCAACAUCACCAACGCCAACAACUCCUACAACUCCAGCAACACCAUCACCGGUCCAAGCAGCAGGGUGGUGUGUACCCAAACCAGGUGUAUCAGAUGCACAAUUGCAAUCAAAUCUAGACUAUGUAUGUAGCCAAGGUCUUGAUUGUGGUCCCCUUCAACCGGGUGGUGCAUGUUUCGAGCCUAACACCGUAGCAUCACAUGCUUCUUAUGCAAUGAACCUGCUUUAUCAAACUGCUGGUAGGAACCCGUGGAAUUGCGACUUUCUUCAAACAGCUACACUCACAUCUAAUAAUCCUAGUUACAAUGGUUGUAUUUAUCCUGGAGGAGUAUGAACUUUUGUGUUUUCUCUUAGGAGAGAUUGUUUGGAUUUGUGAUACUCAACGAUCAACGGGGUGAUCGUAAAUAACGCCAAGUUAAGUGCGUGGUUGCGACUUCUGUAAUGGUUCGAUCGAUCCUCUUGGUGAAGAAAUUGUAACUAAAAUUAUGUUAAAUAAUUGUAUCUCAUUAAUCUAUGUUUUAAUUUUGUGUUCAACACUAUAAUGGGUUUUUAAGGCUGCUUUUAUUUAUUUAUUAUUUCUCUUAGAUUAGAUUUUGCAUC